CUUCAAAAUGGCGCUGGUCGAGACAUCGCGUUCCUCCAGUUUGAGGUGAAAAUAAAAUUGACACAAAGACGUGCUUUGUUCUCAGAGCAUUUAUAGUGAUUAUUAACGUAGUUCAUAUUAUUUUGUUCACUUUACUAAUAACGAAUGAGUUUUGUGUCAAACUAACAUUGGUUUGUGAACGUCGACGAGUAUUUCGGACUGGAAAGUUUCCGCAUUGACUAUACAUAUAUAUCUAUAUAUAUUACGGUAUAUACGUACAAAGCUCUUUCAAGUAUAUAUAUAUAUAAACAUUGUGCGUGUGUGUUUGGUCGCGUCAUCGUCGUCCAUCAUUCACGCGAUAACGGGCAAAAUUCGGUGUUGAAAAAAAAAGUGAAACAAACGAAUUCCCGAUGAUGCAGUCGUCGCAGCCACAAGGACAUCAACAAAUCACCACAGCCGCAGCCGGUGGUGCAGCCGCUGCUGCUGGUGUUAUCCUUAAAAUGAAUGAAAUACAGCAGCUGUCCAGCGUGUCCACCGUUGGACUUUUGGAAUUGGCUCACAGAGAAUAUCAAGCAGGCGAUUAUGAAAAUGCAGAACGUCACUGCAUGCAACUCUGGAGGCAGGAAACAACUAACACUGGAGUUUUAUUACUUCUAUCUUCUAUACAUUUCCAAUGCCGCAGACUUGAAAAAUCGGCGCAUUACAGCGGAUUAGCGAUAAAACAGAAUCCCUUAUUGGCUGAAGCAUACAGUAAUUUGGGCAACGUUUACAAGGAGCGAGGACAGCUUCAGGAAGCCCUGGAGAAUUAUCGACAUGCGGUCAGGCUAAAACCAGAUUUCAUUGACGGAUACAUAAAUUUGGCAGCUGCUUUGGUAGCUGCCGGGGACAUGGAACAGGCAGUCCAAGCUUAUGUCACAGCUCUUCAAUAUAAUCCUGAUCUCUAUUGCGUAAGGAGCGAUCUGGGUAAUCUUCUGAAAGCGCUGGCAAGAUUGGACGAAGCAAAGGCUUGCUAUCUCAAGGCCAUCGAAACACGACCGGACUUUGCGGUCGCAUGGAGCAAUCUUGGAUGCGUAUUUAAUGCCCAGGGUGAAAUAUGGCUGGCGAUUCAUCAUUUUGAAAAAGCUGUCGCCCUAGAUCCUAACUUCCUUGAUGCUUACAUCAAUCUUGGCAAUGUUCUCAAAGAGGCUCGCAUCUUUGAUCGAGCGGUUGCAGCUUACCUCAGAGCUCUUAAUCUCAGUCCCAACAAUGCAGUCGUUCACGGAAAUUUGGCUUGCGUGUAUUAUGAACAGGGGCUCAUCGAUUUGGCGAUCGAUACGUAUCGCCGAGCGAUCGAACUACAACCCAACUUCCCUGAUGCCUAUUGCAAUUUGGCGAAUGCGCUCAAGGAAAAGGGUCAGGUGGUGGAAGCCGAAGAGUGUUACAACACCGCUCUUCGGCUCUGCCCGACUCAUGCCGAUUCACUCAACAAUCUCGCAAAUAUAAAACGAGAACAGGGCUACAUCGAGGAAGCAACGAGGCUCUAUUUGAAGGCGCUCGAAGUGUUUCCGGAAUUUGCAGCGGCGCAUAGUAACCUCGCGUCGGUAUUACAACAGCAAGGAAAACUUAACGAGGCACUGAUGCAUUAUAAAGAGGCGAUAAGGAUUCAGCCGACGUUCGCUGAUGCGUACUCGAACAUGGGCAACACGCUUAAAGAGAUGCAAGAUAUUCAGGGCGCGUUGCAAUGUUACACGAGAGCGAUUCAGAUCAAUCCAGCGUUCGCCGAUGCUCAUUCCAAUCUCGCCUCGAUCCACAAAGAUUCGGGAAACAUUCCCGAGGCCAUACAAUCUUACAGAACGGCCCUAAAACUCAAGCCCGAUUUUCCAGACGCUUAUUGCAACCUCGCUCACUGCCUACAGAUCGCCUGCGAUUGGACCGACUACGAGGCUCGUAUGAAGAAACUCGUUUCUAUCGUUGCCGAACAACUAGAUAAAAACAGGUUACCCAGCGUGCAUCCACAUCAUUCGAUGCUUUAUCCACUUUCUCACGAUUUUCGUAAAGCGAUCGCUGCACGUCACGCCAAUCUCUGUAUCGAAAAGAUUCACGUAUUGCACAAACAGCCGUACAAGUAUCCUCGAGAAAUCGGCACAAGACUAAAAAUCGGUUACGUAUCAUCAGAUUUCGGAAAUCAUCCAACGAGUCAUUUGAUGCAAUCGAUUCCUGGUCUUCACGAAAAGGGAAACGUCGAAAUUUUUUGUUAUGCUCUCAGUACCGACGACGGAACGAAUUUCCGUUCGAAAAUAGCUCGCGAAGCCGAACAUUUUAUUGACUUAUCACAAAUUCCUUGUAAUGGAAAAGCUGCUGAUCGUAUUAAUUCCGACGGGAUUCACAUAUUGGUCAAUAUGAACGGUUACACGAAGGGAGCAAGGAAUGAAAUAUUCGCCCUCAGGCCCGCGCCUGUUCAGGUCAUGUGGCUCGGAUACCCCGGCACUUCCGGCGCCAGUUUCAUGGAUUAUCUUAUUACUGACGAGGUCACUUCGCCUCUUGAGUUAGCACCACAAUACAGCGAGAAACUCGCUUACAUGCCAAACACAUAUUUCAUCGGCGAUCAUCGCCAAAUGUUCCCACACUUGAAAGAACGCCUUAUUCUCACGGAUAAAUUGAGCAUCAAGGGCAAGGUUGCAGACAACGUUGCCGUUAUUAACGCGACAGAUCUCUCACCCAUGAUAGAAAACACAAUGGUCAAAGAAAUUCGUGAGAUUGUCGUUGCCGAUUCGAAGAACAAACCGGUCGAGAUUUCCCUCAAAGUUGCCGAACUUCCGACAACCACACCCAUCGAAACGAUGAUCGCUUCCGGUCAAUGUCAAAUGUCGGUAAAUGGCGUUGUCGUACAAAACGGAAUGGCCUCGACACCGGUCAAUACAAAAACUGCUACGGGUGAAGAGGUUCCACAAAAUAUUGUCAUUACGACGAGGCAACAAUACGGAUUGCCCGAAGAUGCAGUUGUUUAUUGCAAUUUCAAUCAAUUAUACAAAAUCGAUCCUCUCACCUUGCACAUGUGGGCACAUAUUCUAAAGCACGUCCCAAAUUCGGUUCUUUGGCUGUUGAGGUUUCCGGCAGUUGGUGAACCAAAUUUACAGGCAACCGCACAGCAACUCGGACUUUCACCGGGUCGAAUUCUGUUCAGUAACGUAGCGGCAAAAGAAGAACAUGUCAGACGCGGUCAACUCGCGGACGUUUGCUUGGAUACUCCGCUGUGUAAUGGUCACACAACGAGUAUGGAUGUGCUAUGGACCGGCACACCGGUCGUUACUUUACCGGGCGAAACUCUCGCAUCUCGGGUCGCUGCCAGUCAACUCAAUACUCUUGGUUGCCCAGAAUUGGUUGCUCGUACUCGUCACGAGUAUCAAGACAUUGCCAUUCGUCUUGGGACUGACCGGGAAUAUCUCAAAGCCAUACGCGCCAAAGUUUGGAAGGCUCGAUCGGACAGUCCAUUGUUCAACUGUAAAAUGUAUGCGGCAGGAAUGGAGAUGUUGUACAAGAAGAUGUGGGAGCGUUUUGCGCGGGGUGAAAAGCCGGAUCAUUUGGCAGCGAUUGACAAGCCGAUGAUAAUUGAAUCUCAGAAGCAGCCGACGACGACGGCGCCUUAAAGAUGAAUUAAGAAACGAAACAAGUGACAAAAAAAUAAUGGCGGAAGAAGCACACGCAUUGCUGUGGGAUGAAUGAAUAAAUAUGUGUAAUAGGCUUUACAUAUAUUUACGGUCUCGGGGGAAGGAAAAAAAACGUUACAACUAUGAUGACAUUGUUCCUAGCCUCUAGACGCGUACGUCGACUAAUGUUAAUUAUUAUUUCUCAACACUUUUUUCCUCUAUUUUUCACUUAAUCCGAACAUUUCGAGAAAAACAAUCGUAGCUCGUAGCUCCCUUUUUCUCUUUCUCUUUUUCCUUCACAGUCUCGAUUCCCGGAGGGAAUUUCUCAUUCAACCGUUAAGGACACUACAAUUGUAAAUAAGUAAAAAAGAAAAAGGAAAGAAGCAAAUGACGCGGUUGAUUAUUACUUAUACGAUACGAGGCGAUCUGCGGUAUUAAUUUAAUGAGAGAGAAAAAAAAACAAGAAAACAACACCGCGAUUGCGUGCAAGGAUAUGGAGAACAAAAAACACACAUGUGUAGCGUACUAGUUUACUUUUGCUCGUAUAGCGCGAUAUCGAUUGACGUAUUGAGAGAAACGACGAAAAACAGAAAAAUAAAGGACGAAUAUGUAUAAA